AUGACCCUAAUCUUAAUCCUAAUAAUUAUCGCCCUGGUGGCCUAUUACUAUUACCGGAAAAACUUACCGGCUAUUGACGCUAACUCCAACGAUAAAUUCGCCCAAAUCCAACAAACUAAUCGCACCCUCGCUAGUUUCUUAAAAAAUGAACUAG